AUGUCUUUGACACAACUUUAUUUCUUCUCUCUCAUCAUCUCCUCUUGCUUCAAUCUCAACGAAUGCAUCCGUUACUCGUCGAUCAAAUUAACUAAUACUGGUUUUCAAUUCCAACCGAUUAACUACCAAGCUCAACUGCUAUCAACAUCCAUCAUUCAGACUGAUCUCUUCAAAACGUGUUUCAUGUUAUGUAAUAAAGACAUUUCAUGUCGAAUCUAUGAUAUCAAUGCACUCCUACUCAACCAAUGUCGACUCUUUCAAGGUGAUAUCAAUCUACAUGGUACUAUCAUCUCAUCAGCAUUGACCAACUCACGAGUUGGCUCCGUUCAGUAUUCGACUAAUCUCUAUUCGAACUAUGGUCAAUCAUGUGCUGCAAAUGCAAUCGAAAAUCGAUAUCUUGUUUGUGGAAGUGAUUUGAUAUGGACAUGUCCACCGAACACAUACUGGAAUGGUUUCACAUCGAUGUGUUCAGCUCAAUCACCAAUACUUGGCUCAUCUUGUCAACAGAACAUGAGUAUGUGUCGAGAAGAUAUCAACUAUACAUGUCUUCGCUUCAAUCAAUGUGGACCUCUUAAAGUACUGGAAGGUACGACGAUAGUCGAUAGCAAUACAGUCGUUGCAAAAAGUGCAACUCUUGGUUUAUCAGGUCCGAGGAGUAUUCUGGUUAACAAAACAGUGGACAAUGCCAUCAUUGUGGUUGAUAGUGCUUAUGGACAAGUGAUAAGCUUUCACGACGACGUUUCCAAUAUCAGCAAUGUCACACUCNUUAACAUUGCUGGAGAUGUGAAUGGAAAUUCUGGCAGUAGUGCAAGUAUGUUGAAUUAUCCGUAUAGUAUGGGUCUGAAUGAUGAAGAGACAUUUCUGUAUGUCGUCGAUAACGCAAAUAAGCGCAUUAUAAGAUUUCAGCUUAUUUAA